UACUCCGGUGAGCGCUCGCCAUUUCCCUUCUCAGCCUCUCUCUAACUCGAGCCCCCUCCGACGAGCCCGGAUGCCAAAAUGGCCCGCCGUCUCCUCCUCCACCUCCGCCGCCGCUACUCCGCUUCCGUCUCCUCCUCCGCCGAGGACAUGGUCGUCUCCUCCCUCCGCGUCCUCUCCUCCGCUAUGCCUACCAAACCAGCCGCUCUCCCUCCCCCCACUGAUCCCGACCCUGAUGCGACGGCGACCACUCCUACUCUUGCUGCUACCACCCUCCUAUCCCCCGCCGAACGCCUCCGCGGGGUCUUCCUCCUCAAGCCCCACGGCCACGCCGCCCUCCACGGGGCCCUCUCCUCCACGGGUGUCGAUGCCGCCGUCGCCCUCUCACCGGAGGUGCUCUCUGACGUUGUCAACCAUGGCAACUUCAGUGGCGCCGCUACUGUUGACUUCUUCGGCUGGGCCAUCACUAACAGCAAGCUCUCCCCUCCCAUCGAUACCUGCAACAUUGUCAUCAGGGCUUUGGGUAGGAGAAAAUUCUUUGCCUUCUUCGAACCCAUCCUAGAGAUCAUGCGAAAAAACAACAUCUUUCCAGACAUAAGUACACUGGAGAUCAUCAUUGAUAGUCUAAUUGCCGCCAGACAUGUCAACACAGCUGUUCAACUGAUCAACACGGACCAUUUUGGACUUGGAGUUUGGCGAACUUGCCACAGAAAGGAGGUCUUUACUGUCCUCAUCAACUGCCUUUGUCGGAGGUCACAUAUCGGUCUCGCCAGCUCGCUCUUGCAGGCUACUCGUGGAGAGACGAUUGAUCUUGAUACCCAUCUUUAUAAUGAGGUUAUUGGUUGUUGGGCGAGGUUUGGGAGGGUUGAUAAAGUAGAGCAUUUCUGGGCAAUGAUGCUGGACGAUGGGGUUGUGCCCAGUGAGGUUUCAUAUUGCCAUCUGAUCGAGGCGUUGGGGAGAGCGAACCGCGCUGAGGAGGCGCUCCAGGUGUUUGAGAAGAUGGUAAAUGAGGGAUAUGGUCCCACUACGAUGGCUUAUAAUGCACUUAUUUUUAAUUUUAUAUCGGUGGGAGAUUUGGACAGAUCCAUCAAGUAUUACAAGGUUAUGUUGGAUAACAAUUGUCCCCCAAAUAUUGACACAUACUGCAAGAUGAUAAGAGCCUUUUUGAGAGAGUGCAAAGUGGCUGAUGCACUUCAAAUGUUUGAUGACAUGCUGGCUCGAGGAAUUCUGCCAAGUACAGGGAUGAUUACUUUGUUCAUCGAACCACUCUGCACAUUUGGGCCCCCUCAUGCUGCUUUACUGUUUUAUAAGAGUAGUAGGAAGGCUGGUUGUACAAUAUCCAUAAAAGCUUAUAAACUUUUGCUUGAAAGACUCGCCAGGUUUGGGAAGAGUGGAACGGUUUUACAGAUUUGGGAGGAGAUGCAAGAAUGCGGGUAUCCAUCUGAUAAGGAGAUUUAUGAGUUUAUUGUAAAUGGGCUUUGCAAUGUGGGUAAGGUUGAUGCUGCUGUGUCUGUGGUGGAGGAAUCACUUCGGAAAGGCUUCUGUCUUGGUAGAGUUGUUUAUGGCAAACUGAACAACAAAUUAUUGGAUAUGAACAAAGUUGAGACUGCGUAUAAUUUGUUCAAAAAGGUCAAAUAUGUCCGGGCUCUGUCUAAUUCACGCAGCUAUUGCCGUGCUAAUGGUUGGCACUUCUGACUUAAACUAAAGUCACUGCUAACGGUUGGCACUUCUGAUGUUAAAUGGCAAGUGUUACUGAUGAAAUCCAGUUGGCUUUAUAUUGGGGAAAUGUAGCAUCCUUUUAUAGAAACUAGAUGCUGGGGCGCGCCAUUGCGCGCCGCCUGUACAUUCCAAAAUAAUCGGUUGAAAAACAAAUCAGUGACACCAAAAUUUUCAGAUUUGUUCUCUUGUGAAUAUUAAUCGCACUGUAAUCUGUAAUCCCUGUAAAACAACUAUCAUAUUUCAGCUGCAAAGCCGUGGUUAUUUCAACAUAGUAUUUUCAUUACAUAAUAACACAAUUAACAGGGAAAGAAUAUGUAUAAAUUUCUUCAACGCAUAAACUAUGAGUGCUUCGGUAUUCAAGUGGCAAUGUGCACUUCAGCUGAAAUA